AUGGAAACCACGGCGAAAACAAAUAAAAAGGAUACUCAAGAUGGGCCGCCAAAGGAAAUCAAAUUGCCUAUCAGUGAGGCACUUAUAGACUAUCACCGUCAAAUAAAGGAAAAUGCAGUAGAACGAUUUAUGGCUCGAAUAAAGAAAUCUAGAGAAAAGAAUCAGAAGUAUCAUGAAAGAAAUAAACGCUUAAAGGAUGAACAAAUUUGGCACAUACGGAAACUACUAAAGGAAUUGAGUGAAGAGAAGUCAGAGGGAUCCGAAGCUGUAACAAGAGAGGAAGUUGAAAACGCAAUGAAGGAAACAUGGAAGUUUGAAAGAGACCAGGGACAAAACUUGAAAGAUACGCGCAUCCAAAUAAGCAAUUCUGAGAAGCUAUUUCUUGAGAAACUCAGUGAGAAAGAAUAUUGGGAGGAAUACAAGAAUGUAGGGAGUGAACAACAUGCGAACCUCCUUACCUCCUUACAGAACGACAUCAACAGAGUCAAGGAGAAUGCCGAAAAAAUGUCAGAACAGUAUAAAAUCACCCUGGAAGAUGAUAGAAAGAAAAUAAUCAGAGAAACUUUGUUGCAGCAGGACCAAAAGAAGGAAUGGGCCACAGAGAAUGCUCUAAGGUUCAUUGACAAGGGCAGCUAUCGAGAGAUCUGGGAAAAUGACUGGCUCAAUAAAGAGAUUGCAAAUAGCAGGAAGGAAGUGGAAGAACUGGAAAAAGGUAUUCAUGAGCUGGAAGAAGAAAAUUUGGUGCUUAUUGAUCAGCUAUUCAACUGCAGACUUGUGGAUCUCAAGAUACCCAGGCGACUGUAUCUCACCCAAGCUGUUGGGCAGGAAGUACCACCUGAAGUGCCUUUGGAAUUGUCAGAAACACAUAAAGUCAUCCCAGAAAAGUCAGAAUCGCAACCUACAGACAUAAGAAGCAGAGACAUGUCGAGCAUCUCAUUUGGGAGCAGUGGUUUUCGUCUUAGUUACAAGGACAGCAGAUUGGGCCAGCUUCUGGAGAUAGAUGAAGAAGAGAGUUCAAGAAUAGAGUUUGGGGCCUCUGAUAUGAAAUACUUACUGUAUGAGGAUGAGCAGGAUUUCAAGGAUUAUAUAAACCUGGGCCCCCUGGAAGUGAAGCUCAUGACUGUGGAGAGCAAGAAAAUGCCCAUCCACUUCCAAGAGAAGGAAACUCCAGUCAAAUUCUAUGAGGAUGUCAGGAGUCCAGAAAGCCACAUCACGUAUAAAAUGAUGAAGUCUUUUUUCUAAAACUGAAAAGUGAAAACAACUUCCUGUACUUUUCUUUUGGGAACUGAGGUAUAUCAGUUGCCCAUUUUAUUUACCCUUUGGUCCAUUUUUAAAGCAGUGAAUAUUUCUAAAGGUCAUAAUUACAGUUAAAAUAAAAAUUCUGAGUAUUCAGCUAUGCAUUUACUUGCAUGGCCUGAGUGACAAAAAUGAAAGAACACUACAUAUUUCAAGUGUUCAGGAGUAUAACAGUGGACCAAGAUGGUCCCCUAGGGUGCUUACCACUUAGACAUUUACUGGUUGAUCUAGGAUACCCAUAUGAAAUAGUUCAUUUAGAAAUCUUCUGAGGAAAAUUCAGAGGUUUGCAUAGCACUGACUAUACAUCUUUCUCUCUGAGGGUGCUGGAUGAUAGCACCCUCAAGUCCACUCUUCUUUACCCUGAGAUGAUUUAUAAUGAAUAUCAAACAUUUGAGAAACCCAUUUGAGCGUGGUAAUUUGUUUUGUAGAAAUAUUCCAUCAGUAGGGAGGUCCAGGGCUUCCCUGGUGGUCCAGUGGUUAAGACUCCACCUUGCAACGCAGGGGACAGAAGUUCAAUCCUUGGCCGGGGAAGAUCCCACAGGCUGCAGAGCUGUUGGGCCCGGGGGCCACAGCUACUGAGCUUGCGCUCUCGAGUCCUGGACCACAGCUGCUGAAGCCCGUGCGCCCGAGCGGUGCUCUGCAACCAGAAGCCAGCAUACCGCACCGAGAGAGCAGCCCCCGCUCACCACGGGGGAAAAGCCAGCGACCAAGACCAGUGCAGCCAAAAAUAAA